AUGCUAUAUGGAAUAUCAUUUUUCCUUAAACAUCGCCUUCGCGCUUUUGACACUUAUAUAGCCAUAUCAGCUACAUCUCCGGGAAUUAGACGUCAAUUGGAAGAACAUCUGAAAGUCCUGCAGAUAACAGAGAUACUUCAUCAAAUAGCAGGUCUCAACAUUGGUCGUGAACCUUUAAUUGAAAAUUUGAUUAUUUCAAUUCAAGUUACCUUUGCUCCUUGUUUUUUCCUACUCAUACUAAAGAAUGAUGAUAAUGUUAUCAAUGAUAAUGUGAUCUAUAAAUGGCCUUAUUUGUGCACAUCUCUGCAUUUCGUUAUAAUGUAUACAUUGCGUCCAUCCACAGUUAUGAUGACUAAAACUGUAUUUAAUAUCAUCAAACAGAGUAAAACGUUCUUUAAAAAGGCGAAAGAAUCAUAA